UCUCUCUCUUUCUCUGAGAGGACUUCUCUCACUUUACCUUUUGCCUUCGAAAGAUCAACCCUUUUAUCACCAUCGUCUUCUCUCUCUCUCUCUCUCGUCCUCCUCCUCCUGCUCCUCCUCCUACGGCUUCGUCCGUCUUCCCUCCGAAACGUCCGCCAUCCAUGGGAGAUUUGGGAGAUUUCCCCGGGAGCUCCUCGAGCCUGGAGUUGACUAUUUCCGUCCCGGGCUUCUCUUCCUCCCCUCCCCUCCCUUCGUCUGUGAGGGACCUGGACAUAAACCAAGUGCCGUCGGGGGGCGAGGAGGAGUGGAUGACGAUGAGCGGAGGGAUGGAGGACGAGGAAGAGAGCAGCCACGGCGGCCCUCCUCGCAAGAAGCUCCGCCUCACCAAGGAGCAGUCCCGCCUCCUCGAAGAGAGCUUCCGACAAAACCACACGCUCAACCCGAAGCAAAAGGAGGCACUGGCGGCGCAACUGAAGCUCCGCCCGCGCCAGGUCGAAGUGUGGUUCCAAAACCGUAGGGCCAGGAGCAAGUUGAAGCAAACGGAGAUGGAGUGCGAGUACCUGAAGAGGUGGUUCGGAUCGCUGACGGAGCAGAACCGGCGGCUCCAGAGGGAGGUGGAGGAGCUUCGUGCCCUCAAGGUUGGCCCGCCCACCGUCAUCUCCCACACAUGCCAGCCCCUCCCCGCCUCUACCCUCAGCAUGUGCCCUCGCUGCGAGCGCGUCACCUCCACCGCCCCUCCCCCCACCAGCACCUCCGCCCCUUCCGCCGCGACCAGGGCGCCGUCUAAAGCAUCACAACUGUCGCCCCCUUCAGUUCAUUCGAGGCAGCCAUCAGCGGCUUCCUAGCACAGAGGGUGGAAAGAGACAUAUACAGCGAUUUUCACAUUGUUGCAUAGAGUUGUGGAUAGUUAGGAUUUGGGGGACAUAAUUUAACCGAUUCGCUCUCACUUGGGUUGGGGAUGGGAUUAACAAAUGUUUUUAAGACAUCGUUGAUUAAGCUUUGGAGAGGGAGAGGGAGAGAUGCUGAUGAUGGAAGUUGGAACUCAUCAAAUCAUAUAUGAUAAUCAUUAAGCUUGGGAUUAA